AUGCGGUUCUCCCUUUUCACUGCCUUGUCCACAGCGGCUUCUUUGGGUCUUGCCCUCCCUAGCACCCUGCACACUCGGGAUAUCUCGCCCGACCAGUUCACCGAUUUUGACUUUUGGGUCCAGUAUGCUGGUGCGGCGUACUACUUGAACGAUUACACCGCCAAGACUGGCUACAAGAUCAGCUGUGAUAAGGGCAAUUGCCCCGAUGUGGAGAAGAAUGGCGGAACGAUCUUCUAUGACUUCUCCAACGACACGAUCACCGACACUGCGGGUUUCAUCGCAGUAGACGACGUCAAGAAGGCCAUCGUCCUCUCCUUCCGCGGUUCCUACUCUGUGCGCAACUGGAUUGCUGAUGCCUCAUUCCCCUAUACCAGCACCGGUAUCUGUACUGGCUGUGAAGCCGAGCUUGGUUUCUGGGGCUCGUGGAAGGCUGUCCGUGAAAACAUCCAGUCUCAAUUGCACGACGCCUUCUCCCAACAUUCCGAUUACGAACUGGUCGUCACAGGCCACAGCCUCGGUGCCGCCAUUGCCAGUCUUGCGGCCGCGGACCUCCGAGGCAAGGGAUACCCGGAAGCGAAGAUGUACGCGUAUGCUGCACCCCGCGUGGCUAACCCAAAGCUGGCCAAGUAUAUCACAGCUCAGGGUAACAACUUCCGCUUCACUCAUAUCAAUGACCCAGUUCCGAAGCUGCCAUUGCUGGCUAUGGGCUAUGUACACAUCAGCCCUGAGUACUAUAUCACCGCCCCUAAUAAUGCGACUGUCAAGCCCUCUGAAGUCGAGGUGAUCGAAGGCGACGUCUCUUUCAAAGGAAAUACUGGCACUGGUGUUCCAUCAAUUUCUGCUUUUCCUGCACACCACUGGUACUUCCGACAGGCUGAUGCUGGCCUGGGUGCUGGUAUUCCACUCAAGUGA